AUGAACGCUCUCUUUUCUCUUGUGCCACCAUAUAAAAAUAUCGCCCGAGCUUCUUUGGGCACCCCAAGUUGCCUGCAGACUAUUUUGCAACUCCAGAGCGCUGUCAUUGGACGAUGGCAGCACGUGACCGUGGCACCCUUCUGGUCCAGGCUGAGCUCGGCUGAACGGUUAAGAUGCCCGCUGGACCCUCUGGUUCACCAGCAUGACAAGGGCAAGCUGGACAUCAAGAGCAGAAGCUGCAGUCCAUCCGCCAUCUGCUGCCCAGGACUAAUCUUUCCCUGGAUGAAUCCAAGGACAGCUGACUCAAAUGAACCGGUCAUUGGCGGGGCGAAGGCAGGCCUCCCAGGCAGAGGGAGACACAGUUUUAGGAGGGAGAGGUCAGCGUUCACCAGCAGCCAGCUGCUGGAGUUGGAAAAGGAGUUCCACUUCAGCCCCUACCUGUGUCGGCCCCGCCGGCUUGAGAUGGCCGCAGGGCUGCAGCUCACUGACCGCCAGGUCAAGAUCUGGUUCCAGAACCGCAGGAUGAGACACAAGAGGGAACACAAGGAGAGAACGCUGGCCGGGCUAUCCCACCAGGCCACACACAACCAUGACCCCUCUCUCAACCUGAGCUCAUGUGAAGGCCAUCGGCGGUUUCCAGGUGCAUGUCUCAUCACAAUGUCCUCAUCCUCCUCCUCCCCAGUAAUGCACUUUAUGGAUUUUGGGCACAUGUCUCCCCCAUUCAAUUCUCACAAUGAGGGCAACAGCAGCCAAUAUAUCCCUGUUAACUCUGUGGACCUAGCCCAGAUGAACUGCAAUACUCCAUCUGUCGCAGCCAGUCCACAGUUACCCUGUAUCACCAUAGAUAGUAGUUAUCACCAUGCAGUCGCUCCAAGGAUGACCCUAGGGCGCAGUAAUGCCCGUCCCUCCUCUUAUCAAAAUCCCAUUGAUACAUCCACUGUCACUUACAUGUGAAAGACUGUUAGAGAAAUGAUUAACAUCCUUGGAUUGAGCCCCCUGUGUAACAUAUCCCACUACUCUUCAGAGAACACUUAAUUUGAUCAUAUGAACUUUAAUUACAUGGUAGCCACAGAAACAUAAUUGGGUUUCAGUCACAGAGAUUGAGGGUGGUAAGUCCUACAAUAGCUUAACACUUUCUGGCCAUGUUACACAUUGUAUGCACAACACGUUUUGAUUUUUCAUCUGAUCUGUGCAGAUAUAUAUGAGCAAUACAGUAAUCACAUGUGGUGCUUUUUUGUGUAAAUUUUUGACUUUUAACUUUGGGAUUGUUGGGCAUGUUAAAUGCAAGUUUUAUUCAUACUAGGAGUCAAUUUUGUAUGUCCCUCUUUGGUCUGACAAUAGGUAGGUGGUUCUCCUAUGGUUGAUUUAUAAGUCUCAUGUGAGGCCUAAUUUUCAUAUGUUGUGGUUAUGUACUGUAAAUAGAAGGACAUUUGAGUAAAAAUUCAUAACGUCAACUGCACAGAAUGUUCAUAUUGACUGAUGUUAUAUUUUGGUUACAGCAUUUUAGGGAAACAUUAAGUCUUUGAUACUGUUCUUGAUUAAUUGAGAUGUCAUAUACACGCUUAAUAAAAGCAUU